UUGAUGGUUCCCUGUAGUGGAGGUUGGAUCGUACUGUAGUAUCGCACCACACUCAUAAACACCCAAAUACAAAAAUGUGCUAGCAUUAGUCCCGUUUCAAGUUUGAACAAGUACUAGUGAGCCCCUUGAGUGGCGUGUGUACUGGCCAGCGCUCGUGUUGACAAUGUUGGUAGUAUCGCGGGCGGUGUUGGUGGUAGCGGCGUUGGCGCCCUACCUGGCGUGGGCACAGCUGGGCGGCCCACCUGACAACUCUGCUGUAGAGACUUGUGAAUGUUCGCCGGCGUGUGAGGGCGGCGGUGGGUGUCGUGGGCGUGUGGUGGAGCGGGCGGACUGCCCCUGCUGCAAGGUGUGUGCCCAGCAGGAGGGCGACCCCUGCUCUCACCCUUCCCUGCCCUGUGACGCUGAGUACGGCCUCGUCUGCUCUCCUGAAGGUGUUUGUAAAGCGGAGUUCCCCUGCACGUACGACGGAGAGUGUCCCUCUGACCGCUUCUGUCUGGGCGGGGUGUGUGUGGACCCCUGCCCGAUCCUCACGCCAUGCCAAGGGGUCCUGAGCGGCAGGGUAUGCGUCUCCAAGGACCACCGACCGGUGUGCGAAUGUCCGGCUGGCACUCUGGUCAACUCCGAGGCCAAUGUCUGCAUCCCGUACAACGGCACAGCGAAAGGAUGUGAGCACGAGGGUCGGCUUUACGGCGAGGGUGAAGUCCGCUACGCCGGCCAGUGUCAGGAGCAGUGCCGCUGUACCUCCGAUGGCACCUUCUCCUGUGGUCCGGUCACGUGCCCGCCUGGACUAUUCCUGGCCGGCCAACAUUCUCAGCAAGAAUUGUGUAUUGAGCUGCGCAAUCGACCAGAGACUGACGAAUGCUGUGUUGUUGUGGCGUGCGCCAACAGCCUGGCGCAGCCUACGGUGCUCACUGCGCCAGGUAUCACACAGCCUGGGUCAGUCCCGGAAGAUGAGCCACAGAGGGGCCGCAUGGUGGGUCCAGACCCCCUGCCACCAAUCACAGAGCACGAGUACCAAAAGAGACUCAGAGAUCUGGAAGAUGAGCUCGGCAAGAAAAAUGACAAGAAGAAAGUAACUGACGUGAAGGCUAUAGAAAAGUUUAAGCCUGUGAGUAAUAACAAUACCGCUGUUACCGAGGACGUUAUCAAUGCGACGGUGGUGGAAGUGGUGACUGAAUUAAGUAGCGUUACACAAGAGGAAAAUGUGACGAUUGUACCAGAGGAAGACGUGACGGUGCAAGAGACCGUGGAGGAGGUGACGGGAGCGGACGAGCCGACGACAUUGACGCCGGUGACGGAGGGGACCGAAGAGCCGACGAAGGAGACCGAUGAGCCGACGAAGGAGACCGAUGAGCCGACGAAGGAGGGAGAGGAGCCGGCGGUGGUGCUCGAAUACGACGACUCUGGAGACUUGCUUCACCGCAUCACAGUUCAAGAGCACGUCGAGGUGGUCACCCACACGCCCCAAGACCUGAUACCUGCCACGCUUGCCCCCCACCACAACGACGACGACGACGACCUGAGCUUAGCAAGGGAAGGCAAGAAGGUUCAAGCCACAGAAGCCAACGCGACCCAGGUGGAGCUGCCCUUCACAGAGUCCCCAAAGACGGAGUCCAAGGGCGGGAGUGGGUCCCUGAAGGUGGUCAAUGUGACUCGCAACUCCUCCACCGUCCUCCUUCCUUCCAGCAAGGGCGGCGAGGUCUACUACAAGGCGGCGGAGGGCUCAGAGUGGCAGCGGGAGAUGGUGAACGGGGGUGAGGACUCUCUGGUGUUGAGGAACCUCUCGCCCAGCACCCAGUACGCCCUCAAGUGGUCCGGGGCCUCGGGCGGCUCAGCCAAGACCUCCUUCAACACCCUUGGUGUUACUGCAGGUGAUGUGGCAGAGUCCUCAGCAUCAGCUGCUCAGGCAAAUGCAAGGUUACCGAAGUUGCUAGUAACUGAGAAGACCCACAACUCGGUUACUCUUGCCUGGGAUGACUUCAGAGCGAGAACGUAUGAAGGUGGAUAUGUGGCCGAAUACCGUGAGGAACGUGGAAACUCCGAGGCAGGCACAACAGUAGAGCAGCCAUGGAUGAGGAAAGAGGUCCCUACUGGGGAACUCCCACCCAAACUUACAGUGGAGGGGCUCAAACCCAACACUCUUUAUGAAGUUCGUGUUUCUAUCUAUGAUGAUGUCGAAGAAGGUCGCUUGGGAGAGGCCACCGAGACAAUUAAUGUCAGAACAGAAGCUGGAUGCAUGCAUGGCAAUGCCUCUUAUCCUGUUGGAGAAUUUUAUAAUGGAUGUGAGGAAAGGUGCAUGUGUUCCGCUACAGGUGCUGUACGAUGCUUUGAACGUUGCACUCUACCAUACCUUAGGGCUGGCUCGUUCAGAGGUGAUCCCCUGUGCAGUGAGCAACCUGACGAAAGGGAUGAAUGCUGUGUUCUUGUCCGAUGUGCCAGUGGUAGGAGAGAAGCCUAUAAUCAGUGCACAAAUGUGGUGUGUGGACCCAAUGCUGAGUGUAUCUCGGGCAUCAUGGCCUCAAAGGACCUAAGCCUCAGUGACGUUGACAGUGACCUCACACUUGGAUACUGCCGCUGUCUUGCUGGUUUUACUGGUGAUGCCUCCGACCUGGUCACUGGAUGCAUGCCUGAUCCCUCUGCUGGACACAAGGAAGGAAGUUGCACCUUUAAGAACAGCACUUACCGGCUAGGUGAUAUUUUCUAUGACAAUUGUGAUUACCGCUGUUCUUGCAGCAACAACAGUGAGAUAGAAUGUCAGCCUCGGUGUGAGUUUCCAAUGGAGAACAGCUCAGAACCUGAGCCUGGAUGUAAAUAUCUCCCAGACCCACAAGAUUCAUGCUGCAAAUUGCGUACUUGUAAUUCUACAUCAAAUGCUGUUGGUGAUGCUACCCGAGCCCCAUCCUUACCAUCGGAUGGCUGUACAGAUGGCAAUAUUACUUAUGCCAAAAAUGAGAAAUUCUACAAUGGUUGUGAAACUCAGUGCAUAUGUAUGGGCUUUGGUGAUGUCUCCUGCUUCCCAAGGUGUCCACCGUUGAAGGUUGUAUCCGAAACACCAAAGCGUUGUGAAACUUUGCCAGACCCUCUGGAUCCCUGCUGCUCCAUCACCGUGUGUGACGAGCCAACUCCUGAUGUCAUGAAGGCCAAUAUUACAGAACUGGAAAAAGAAAUGAUGAAGAACAUGACUGAAAUUGAAAAGGAGAUGAUGAUGAAGGAAAUGAUGAAUAUGACAGCAGCUGAAAAGAUAAUGAUGAUGAGACAAAUGAUGAAUAUUACAGAAGAAGAGAAUAUCAUGAUGAAGAAUCUGACUGACAUGCAGGAGCCACAAAGUGAAAAUGCUACAAUGGUACCUGAAGGUGAUAUGCUAACCACUUCUGUGUCUGAUGAAAAUAUUCUGGUACAAAAUCACUCGGCUGAUAACGUGACUGCCUCCCAUGGCCAUGAACACACCCAUGAAGAUGGGGUAACACACAGCCAUCCCCACGAACAUAGUGAGAAUGAAACCCACAAUCACACCAGUUCUCACCAGAUUGGUCAGGUAGAAAGCCGUACCAACGAUGAAGACAUUGUCGUCGAUGAACACCAAAUUAUAAAUCAUGGUAUUUUUAAUGGAACGCACAACCAUACUCAUACUCACGAAAAUGGUGUAACGCAUACGCACCCUCAUGAGCACAACAUGGAUAAUUUGCAUGAUCAUGUGCAUGACAUGAAUGACACUCAUGAACACACACAUCCUCAUGAUCACACUCAUGAUAAUGAUACAAAUGUUACCCACACUCAUGAACACACACAUGCGGAUGGUACCACACACAGCCAUCCUCAUGAUCAUAGCAUGGAUCACACUCAUGAUAAUGCCACAAAUGUUACCCACGCUCAUGAACACACACAUGAGGAUGGUACCACUCACAGUCAUCCUCAUGAUCAUAGCAUGGAUCACACUCAUGAUAAUGCCACAAAUGUUACCCAUGCUCAUGAACACACACAUGAGGAUGGUACAACUCACAGUCAUCCUCAUGAUCACACUCAUGAUAAUACCACAAAUGUUAUCCAUGAUCAUGAACACACACAUGAGGAUGGUACCACACACAGCCAUCCUCACGAUCAUAGCAUGGAUCACACUCAUGAUAACACCACAAAUGUUACCCAUGCUCAUGAACACACACAUGAGGAUGGUACAACUCACAGCCAUCCUCAUGAAGAUAUGAAUAAGACCGACACUUUUGAACACACAAUGACUGAAGGCAACAACUUCACUCACAUGCAUGAGAAUGGUGUUUUCCACACUCACCCUCAUGAUCAAGAUAUGGGUGUAAAUCAUAGCCAUACUAAUAUGAGUGAUAUGGAUGAAGUUCACAAAGAAAUUCAUACUCAUGAAGAUGGUGUAACUCACGGUCAUCCUCAUAAGCAUGAUGGUGUAAUGGUGGAUCCACACAACCACACCCAUGUCAACAUACUCGAGAAGAAAAACAGAGCUGAAGACCUAGGGUCACACGACCUUAAUAUACUAGAGGUGAUGGCAAUUAAUUCUACCACAGUCAUGAUUAAAGUAGCUGUCUCGGACUCUGUUAUGGAUCAGGUCCUUUCAUCAGAAGAUCAGAAAUUUAUGAUCCUCUACAGUCCAGACUCCCUCACGUGGUCAGAGAGAAAUAUAUCUGUGAGUGAUGCAAAAGUGGAGAACUUCAACGAAAUUAUCUUGUACCUAAAUGACCUCCAGCCAUCUACACCCUACCAGUUCCGCGUAGCAUUCCAAGACUUUGUCAGUUCCACUUCAAAGGCAAGACUCAUGGAUGGCGCUGCUGAACUAGGUAAAGCUGAACUGGCUCCAUCCCAUAUGGGGUGUCUUCCUGGCAUGCAGUUCAUGGAAGAAACAGUGUGUGGUCGUCAGUGUACUUGUCAAGCUGAUGGUCAAGCAUUCUGCAAGCCUCGAUGUCCUCAUGUUGCAAUACCACAGCACUUCAAUACCAGUUGUACUCUAGUGCCAAGCCCUGAUGACCCGUGUUGUACUGUGCCAGAUUGUCAUUUUGAUUCAUUCAACCACAAUGUACUAACUAAAUCUGAGGAUGUUACACAUAAUCCUCUUUUAAAUUUUGAUCAUAAGGAUAUGACCAACAAAAAUCAGCAACAAAAUGUUAAUGAGCAUGAAAAUAUCUUGAUAAUGAGUAAACCAUUUGAUGGAAACCAGAAAUCAGAUAAUGCAUCUGAAUUAAUCCCAAACAAAGUUGCAAAUGUUAAAUUGACCACUGAAUCCAGUGUUAAAUAUGUUAAUCUUACAGAGAAUUCUCACCUAACCAGGAACACACUUGUCCCUGAGGAACAUGCUGCAUCUGAGAGACCACUGAAACCUUUCAUUUCUUUAAAUGAUUUGCUCAACAAGCAUAAGCAGCUUGGAAAUAUCCCUCAUAAUACAUCAACAGGUUCAUCUCUCAGGCAGACUGGAAACUCUGAAAUCAGGGGAAGUAUGACUAAAGAUACUUCAAGUUUGUCUAACAGUUUAAAUAAACUAAUUACAUCUCAAGAUAAUAGCUCGGUAAUAGCUGCAGAUCAGAAAAGUAGUGAAGCAAGUAACAGUACUAGAGAAAUAUCUACUUCUCUUCCAACAUGGGAAACAGAAUUUGAAUCUCUUUCAGACACUGAGGAUGGUGAAACUUCUCAUUUACAUGGUGCCAAUGUAGAAGACAUCUCAAACAGUUCAUUUUUACUUCUUGAUGAAAAUGGCACAGUUUUAUUUAACAAUAAUAAUGAUGAAGAAGAAACGCCAUUGCACUUACCCACAAGUGUUAAGGAAAAUGAAGUUGGAUCAUCUUCAGAUAAAGAGCCACCACAUUCCAUAGGAUUUGAUGAACAUUUAGUUUUGUAUCCUGCAAAUCAUUCUGUGGAUUCUUCUACUGAUGAAAGUAUUGCUGAAAUUCUACCUCCUACAAAUACUGAAAUUUCACAGAGUAGCAUUAUCAUACUGAAUGCUUCUGAUCACCUCUCUAAUGAGCAUAACAGAAACACUGAUGAUUUAUUUAUUGAUUAUGAAGAUAAUUCUCAUCUACCUAUUGAGGAUAGAGAAGGGUCAACUGUACCUGGUGAAAGUAUAGGACGCACAUCUUUUUCACAUGAGCAUCAUACCCAUUUGACUCAUGAAAAUGAAGAAGACUCACAUUUACCUAAGGAUAAUAAAGAGAGCCAUUUCAUACUCAAUGAGCACAUCUUAAAUUCAGAUUUUACUAAUGAGCAUAUUGAAGAUUCUCAUAUCUCUAAAGAAAAUAAAACUCGUGCUAAUCAGUCGAAAGAACAAAGACAAGAUUUCAAUUUACCAUCUACCACUGAAGACCUUCCUCAUCUUCCUGCAAGUGAAGACUCUUCUGUUACUGCUGCAGAUCUUUCUGCUCCUCUCAACAACAAGACUGACUUUCAUGGUCAUAUUAAAGAUGGUGUGGGCUUUGAUACGUCAGCGAUGUGUUCUCGUAAUGGACGCUAUUACAAGCCAGGGGAAGACUUCUAUGAAGGAUGUUCCCAGUCGUGCAUGUGCACAGAAAGGCUGGAUGUUCACUGUGCUGCCAUAGAGUGCCCUGUUACCUUUGGUCUGGAGCUUAUUGAUCCUAACUGUCUUGAGUGGGAUCUUGAUCCUGAUUAUGUUCCUACACCACCAAAAUGUUGUGCUCAAGUGAAAUGCAUCUCAUCCUCGGCAUGCCAUUAUAUGGGUCAGAUGUUCAACAAUUAUGAUCAAAUCCCAAGAGAACUGACUGGAUGCUCACAAGUAUGCACCUGUAAUUAUGGCAAUGUAACAUGCCGUGACCUUUGUGACCCCGUGCCCGCUAUCCCACCACCUGAGCUCAACUGUGAGCCCCAAAAUGCUGUCCUCAUUACCCUUCCUGGAGAGACUUGCUGUAGAUCGUGGCAGUGCACAGCCCAUACUGAUGCAGAACCAAAUAUUACCUUAGUAACAGCACAUUUUGAUGAUUUGACAAAUACAACAGAGGUCUUAGACUUCUUUGCAUAUUGGGGCACAACAACAGAUGCUGCCACUACAGGCACAACAGAGCUUACCACCACAGAUGUUGAGGAUUUUACAGAGUACCCUUACACUAAUAAAUCAGGUUUCCCCGCGAUCUUUCCUCUGCCGCCUGUGUCUGUAUUGAGUGGUACUUCUACUUCUGGCUUUGUCCCCAUCGCUCAUCCUGCGACUCCUAGCUUUGGUUCAGGUGGCAUUAAUGAACCUGGAAUCACCCCACUGGAUGCAAAAACUGUACACUUCUUCUUCUCGACACCUUCACUUUACCAAGGCCUACCUGGUGAAUUACUCAUUAGGUUCACAGCUGAUCCAACGGAGCAUUCUGAUGUAAACACGUGGUCCCAGGAGGUGUUGGUGCCUAUGGGAUCUAUCAUUGGCCAGUCUGAAUGGGAUCACAUCUUGACCGGCCUGCAGCCCUCUACCGAGUAUGCUAUGCAAAUCGUUCUCACCGUGCAGGGUACCAAGCCUAUUACGUCGCCAGUGUUUACUUACACUACUAUGGAUGAAGCUACAACAUUACCAACCACCACACCUCUGCCUCGUCUAGAUAUUAAUGCCGAGCUCUAUGCCUCUGCAAUUACCAAGACUUCUGCAAAGGUGUCUUGGAGAGGCUUCAAUGACUUUGAGUUACAAUACAUCGAUGGUGUACAAGUUAAAUACACCGAAAAGGAUAAGUUGAUACCCAAGUUCAGCCAGUUGUUCCACCGUGAUAACAAUCAGAUGGAUCUUCGUGACCUAUUGCCAGGCCAUUCUUACACCGUGGACUUGGUUUUCAUCACUCAUGAGAAUCAAACGACUCAAGUCACAAACACCGAGCCUAAAACAUUUACUACACUUCCCGAAGAAGAUCCUUAUGCGUUUGAGAUUGAAGUGACUGCUGGCAAAGUAGGAUCCCAAACUGCAGAACUGUUUUAUUCUGGAGUGCCAGAACCCGAAGAGAAGUAUAUUAGCGUGUAUAGGGCUGUCUACUUACGCGAGGAUGAAAGAGUAGAUGCUGACACUUUUAAGGUUCCUAAGACUGGCCUAGAAAGGAAGCUAUUCUUGAGUGAACUGAAGCCAGAUGUGGAAUAUCAAGUGUGGCUAGAAGCCUACUUGUCUAAUGGUCGCAAGAAGAAGAGCAACGUCCUGACCAUCACUACUCGAGCUGGAGAACUUCCAAAGCCUGAGAGAAGUGAAGUUGAUCCCUCAGCUAAGUCUACAGAAGAUGGUGAUGGUUACUAUCCAGCAUUAGUUGCUGUGGCGAUCAUCGCUGCUAUCGCCUGUUUGGGCUUCCUUGGUCUCCUUGUCAUCCUACUUAGAAAGCAGAGUCAUGCAAAAGCACACAUUAAUUCCUCUAGAAACAACGCCGCGUAUGACAACCCGUCAUACAAGGUAGGCGACAAUACAUACGAUAUGGAGAUGAAUGGAAUCAAAGGAAGUGGGAAUGGUGCUACACACGCAGAGGAACCUUAGUCCAUGCUCACAUUUAGGCCACGCAUUUCAUGUAUAAUUAAGUUUUCCUGUCUUCUCCUUGCCCCACUUAUGUUUGUGAUGUCUCAUUUUAGAGAAUAACAUUGUUUUUAUAUACUUUGUCAAGUGCUGAUACCCAGCAAUAGUGUAAAAAUGCUUCCAUCAAUAUUACAGCUGUAAAUAUUUGCAAUAACAAGCCCAAUGACUGUGCUGUUGCUUGAGGUUUAGAUCUGAGCAGUCAUAAUUGUUUUUGGCUUCUCUGGUUGUACUUACAAAUCUGAAGUGUACUAGAAAGCUUGCAACAAUGCUGGUUAAUAUACUCAGGUGUUCAAUAUGAAUGUUGCAAUGGUUACCAGUAUGGGCUUUAGUGUAAUAUACACCAGUCUCGGCCUUCAACACCUUCUUCUUGUACUGUCUUUUUAAUAUUAUGGUGUAAUAACAAAGUUAUAGCUUAAUACUAACUUUUGCUUCAGUCAGUUACUUUUGUGUAAUUUAUAGGUAUUUAUAGUUUCCCCUCAGAAUAAGAGUGAUGCAGAGUAUGAAACUGGUGCUCUGCAUGAAAUUUGGUUGUGCCUUACGAAGCAAAUGUUGUACUUUAUUGUGCCAUUAUUGUACUCUAGCACAGAUGGAAAUCACUGAAGACUUUGUUCACAAGACUGUUGAUACAAAGUCAUAUGGACAUCAUAUUUCUCUUUGUUAGAGAAUAUUUGCAGUAUUUGAAACCAUACUCCUCCAGAGUUAAUACUAUUAGUCGAGAAUUUAAAAUGGAGCAUUUUCCUUUGCACCAAAACUUGAUUAUUUUUCUUGUAUAUUAGAUGUUCUCAGUGUACAGUAUACUAUAUAGUUUAAAAAUACAUUUUAUAGCAAAGUAUUUUUACUGCAGUAAUAUCUAGAUUUCUUAGGAAUUCAUAUAUACUGCUAUAUCUAUAACAUUAACUCUGGUGGAUGAAUUUUUUGUAGUACAGUACCGUACUAUAAUCUACUGAUAUUUCAGUUUUCUUAAAAUCGCAAUUCAUAUGCUAGAUAAUGUUUCAUAGAUGUUUUUCAUCUUAAUUUUGUAUAAAAUCUUCUUUUUGGAAAAUACAAUUGUUAUUAAGCAUUUGUGAAAAGAAGAUUUAUAGGCAAUAUUAAUAAUUAGUUGGAUAAUACUUUGUCAAUGAGUAUUGCUAUAUAGAAUAAUUGUCACAAAUUAGUGUUCUUGGAAACUAGUAACACGCAUUUAAGCAUUUGCUUAAAAUAAAAUUGAGGGGAUUUAUUGUACAGUUUAGAAAUUAAUUUUUCUAUUUUGAUUACCUCUACAGUACAUUGCUUUUGUUUUUUAUAUAUAAAAAUUUAUUUGAUUAUUAAAAUUAAUGCUUGUUUGGAUUGUGAAGGUCCAAUCAAUACAGGCCAUGUUAACAUGGUGUAGCCUGUGUGUACAGAUAUAGUUGUAAAAAUCUGGUGCAAUUUUGCACAUUAAACUACUCCCAAAACUUUG